AUGGCCAAUUCUAAAUUUGAGUAUGUCAAGCAAUUUGAAUAAAUGCAGAAUCUCUUACCAAACACAUACAUUGUAGUCAGAAUAGAUGGAAAGGGAUUUCACAAAUUCACAAAAUGUUAUGAUUUCGAAAAACCUAAUGAUGAACAAGGACUUAAACUAAUGAGUUUCAGUGCUUGUGUUGUUAUGGAAACAUUUCCUGAUAUUUAAAUUGCAUACGGACAAUCUGAUGAAUUUUCAUUUGUAUUAAAAAAGGAUAGUGAGUUAUAUAGCAGAAGAUCAGAUAAAAUAGCUACAUGUGUUUGUUCUACAUUCACUUCAGUUUAUACAUUGAAUUUUGAGAAAUUCAUGAAGAAACCUUUGCAAUUUCCAUACAUCCCUAUUUUUGAUGCAAGAUGUGUCUGUUAUCCAGAUCUAUAAAACAUUAGAGAUUAUUUGUCCUGGAGAUAAGCGGAUUGUCAUAUUAAUAAUUUAUACAAUACGUGUUUCUGGGGAUUAGUUCAGAAAGGCAUGAAUAAAUAGGAGUCUGAAAAAACAUUAGCUGGUACAAAUGCAGGGGAUAAAAAUGAAUUGCUAUUUUCUAAACUAGGAAAAAACUAUAAUAAUGAGCUUGAAAUGUUCAAAAAAGGAACAACCAUAAUAAGAUAGCCUACUUAAGAAAGAGUUAACUUAAAGGUUGAAUUAGAUGUGGAUUCCAAAGAAUAAUAAAAAUUGAAUAAAAAGUAAAAGAAAAAGUAAAAAUACAAGGAUCUCAACUAAUAGGAAUUGAAUCAACUCCCUAACCAAUAGAAAGAGGAUUUGUAAGUUAAGGAGUUUUAUGUGGAUAUUAUCAAGGACAAUUUUUGGAUUGAAAAUAAAGCAUAUAUCUUGUUGUGAUUGUUAUUUGUUAAUGAUUAUACAUUUUAA